AUCAAACGACGCCGUUUUUUUGUUCUCUCGAAAUAUUGGUAGCUGUUUUUGCAGUCGCGACAGCUUCUUCCUCCACCGAGCAGGAGGUGGACCAGAACGGACAUCUGCCAGCCCUCCUUCCUUUAAACUGCACUUCUGUUCGCACCUCCGAGGUCAAACUUUACGAGCCACGAGAUUUCAUUAAGACUCCGAUCCCGCUUUGUUUGUGGUCCGAUCGAGCUGAAAUUUGGAGGAAAGGUUCACGACUCAAGGAGCUACAAUCUGAACGGUGGAGAUCGGAUUUGGAGCUUGGGAGUUGGGGUUUUUGUCCGUGAACAGUAACCGUGAAUUUGGUGCUUGCAUAUUGUACAAAAUGCGGCGGAGGGUUCAUAAUUCUUCAUCGAAAACCAUGCCAUCGAUAAAUCGUGAAGUGGGUGAUUCAAUUGUGGUUGAUGAGGAAAAAACCAACGCUCAUGUUGAAAAGCCAACAAGGUCACCAUUUUUGUUUCUGGCUUUGUUUGUCAUGAUCAUAAAUGGCUCUUGGGCUGUUCAUCAUUACCAGUUCGAGAGUAUGCCUAUGCCUCUUAGUGCUGAUCAAGCAGGAAAAAGGGGUUUCUCAGAAGAAGAGGCUAUGAAGCAUGUCAAGGCAUUGACUGAAUUAGGUCCUCAUCCUGUUGGUUCUGAUGCUCUUGAUCUAGCACUCCAGUAUGUUUUGGCAGCAUCAGAAAAAAUUAAGAAAAUGGCUCACUGGGAGGUUGAUGUUCAAGUGGAUUUUUUCCAUGUAAAGACUGGUGCAAAUCGUCUGGUCAGUGGCCUGUUUAUGGGGAAAACACUUGUUUAUUCGGAUCUAAAACAUAUCAUACUUAGAAUCUUGCCAAAAUAUGCAUCUGAAGCAGAAGCAAAUGCUGUUCUCGUUUCCUCUCACAUUGACACCGUUUUCUCAGCGGAUGGAGCUGGUGACUGCAGUUCAUGUGCAGCUGUUAUGCUGGAGCUUGCUCGAGGAAUUUCUCACUGGGCUCAUGGAUUUAAGAAUGGUGUUAUAUUUUUGUUUAAUACUGGAGAGGAGGAUGGUCUGAAUGGUGCUCAUAGUUUUAUAACUCAGCAUCCAUGGAGUAGUACUGUUCGAAUGGCUAUUGAUUUGGAAGCAAUGGGUAUUGGAGGGAAGUCUUCAAUAUUUCAGGCUGGGCCUCAUCCAUUGGCUAUUGAAAACUUUGCCAAGGUUGCAAAAUACCCAUCUGGCCAAAUCAUGUCUCAGGAUAUUUUUUCUUCUGGACUCAUAAAAUCUGCCACAGAUUUCCAAGUGUACAAAGAAGUUGCUGGUCUUUCUGGGCUUGACUUUGCAUAUGUAGAUAAAAGUGCAGUAUAUCACACCAAGAAUGACAAAUUAAAGCUUCUGAAACCGGGUUCCAUUCAGCAUCUUGGAGAAAAUAUGCUUGCUUUUCUACUUCAUACUGCUUCUUCAUCUCAACUUCCAGAUAACAAGGCAAUGGAAGCAAAUGAAAUAGAACGUGACUCUGCUAUAUUUUUUGAUAUACUGGGUUCAUAUAUGAUCGUAUAUCGUCAAAAUUUUGCGUCUAUGCUUCACAAUUCAGUGAUAAUGCAGUCUCUUUUGAUAUGGGCUACUUCAUUGCUUAUGGGUGGUUAUCCAGCAAUGAUUUCAAUUGUGUUAUCAUGCUUGAGUCUUAUCCUCAUGUGGACAUUUUCAAUAAUUCUCUCUGUUUCUGUUGCCUUUAUUCUACCAUUCAUAUCUUCAUCUCCUGUACCUUAUGUUGCAAGCCCAUGGCUGGUAGUUGGGUUAUUUGGUGCACCAGCUGUCCUUGGUGCAUUGACUGGUCAACAUUUGGGUUAUCUCAUUCUUCUGUCAUAUUUAUCACGUAUAUGCUCCAAUAGAAUGCAGCAGCAGCAAUCUCCUGUUACUCAGACUGAUUUGAUCAAGCUAGAGGCAGAAAGAUGGCUCUUUAAAGCUGGAUUUGUUCAAUGGUUUGUUCUGCUGAUGAUAGGAAAUUACUAUAAGAUUGGGUCUUCCUAUUUAGCCCUUGUUUGGCUCAUCUCGCCUGCAUUUGCUUAUGGUUUUCUUGAAGCAACUUUAACUCCAGCCCGAUCACCGAAGCCACUCAAAGUUGUAACCCUACUGAUGGGCUUAACUAUACCAGUGUUAAUGUCUGCUGGCAUAGUUAUUCGGCUGGUGGCCACAAUGAUUGGAAGUGUAGUUCGGUUUGAUAGGAAUCCUGGUAGCUUUCCUGAGUGGCUGGGAAAUGUAAUAAUGGCUAUUAUUAUUGCUGUUAUUGUUUGCCUGACAAUAGUGUUUCUACUGUCGUACCUUCAUCUUUCAGGUGCCAAAAGAUCAACAAUUCUUGCAGCCUGUAUCCUCUUUGGCCUUUCGGUUGCUGCAAUAAAAUCUGGUAUUAUUCCACCAUUUACAGAAGACACGGCUAGAGCUGUUAAUGUGGUGCAUAUUGUGGAUACAACAGGAAGCUAUGGUGAACAAAAAGACCCUCUCUCUUAUAUUUCUCUAUUUUCUGCAACCCCUGGGAAGCUGACAAAGGAGGUUGAAGAGAUUAAUGAAGGAUUUGUUUGUGGUAGAGACAAGGUUAUUGAUUUUGUUACUUUUUCUGUCAAUUAUGGCUGUUGGACUGACAAUGAUACUGGAAGUGGGUGGAGCAAAUCAGAGGCUCCAGCACUGCAUGUUGAGAGUGACAUAAAAGGGGAUGACAGAACCACACAAGUAUCAAUUGAUACAAAAAUUUCCACACGCUGGUCUCUUGCAAUCAAUACUGCAGUAAUAGAAGACUUUGUACUGGAAGGGAACUCUGGGGAGCUAGUCCCACCUGGCAACAAGGGCAGCAUGGAUGGAUGGCACAUUAUUCAGUUUUCUGGAGGGAAGAAUGCACUGACUAGGUUCAAUCUGACUCUUUCCUGGUUCAAAAAUUAUACUCACUUGAUUGGUAACAUCAGUGAAUGGAAAUCCAACGAGCAUCUCCUUUUAAAAUUAAGAACAGAUGUGGAUAGGUUGACAGAAAAAACUGAAAGAGUUCUUACAAAGCUUCCUUCUUGGUGUUCCUUGUUUGGGAAGUCCACAUCUCCCUUCACCCUGGCUUUCUUGAGUGGCCUACCUAUUGUUUUUUAGGUACAUAAAAUUCCAUGAGAAGAAAUGUAAUCAUUUUACAGUGUACGUUUAAUUUAUAGUUAGACUAUGAGACCAAUAAUUUUUUUCUAUGUAUAUGCUGACAGAAUAAGUUGUGCAACACCCCUGCUUGCAUGAGUUGUACAUAACAGAGAUCCAAUUUUUGAUCAUCUAUUCCUAUGGCUUAGUUAGAACUGUGUUAGUUACA